AUUACUUAAAUCAGGAAGAAGAAGAACGUUUGUGUUGUGCUAGCUGGUUACUCGGUCACUGUGGUGGAAGUUGCCGACUGCCGAAAAUACUAUAGGCAGACGUGGGAAACGAGAGGAAUCACCUUUGUAAGCUUGUCAUUUCACCAUGAGGACAACAGCAGUAUGUUUGGCACAGCACAUUGGACGUGGAUUCAGAUUUCAGUGGCAUCUUAAGAACCAAAGAAGGAUACCUUCUUCUGGAGCUGCUGAAGUAUUAGCUGCAAAGGGAAUAAAAGUUUAUGACCCAAAGGAUAUCCUUACUCCUGCUUUCAAUAGAGUAGUUGAAUUCCCACCACCACCCCCUGUAACUGAGGAAGAAUUGGAGCUAAAUAAGAGACCAUGUUAUGUUUUCCACGAAUACUUCUCACCACCAGGAGGGAUGACUCAAGCACAGCAUUUGACCAACAGUGUCGUGCAUCCAGCACUUCCCCAGAGGAUAGUUGGUCGGAUUAGAGAUAAUUCAGAAGAAGAAGAUUCAAAAAUACAGGAGGUUAUUCUUCAGUCACGUCUAAUGGAUUCCCAUCAGGAGUUACUACCAAGAAUAGAUGAUGUAGUAAACCGACCAGGAUGGAAUUUUCCAAGAGAGUGGGGUUCACCUGUAGGCAGGAAGAACAAGCAGAUGACCUACAAACUCCUGCUUCUGCUGGACCAGCUAUCUCCUGGAUCAGCUAACAAGCAUUUGAUGGCAAACACCAAGAGUCAAGUCUCCUUAGAGCAUUCAGGUCAGUUGAUUCAGAUGAAGUAUAAGGCAUAUGCGCUGUUGAUCGCUUCUAAACCUUUAUCACCGGUAGCUGAAGAAGAAGAAAUUCAUGCAACUGAGGGUGAAAUUCUACCUACCAUUUAUCCUUUUUCUCCAUUCCUUCAUUUGCAAACCACUUGUGAAAUACAGCGCGAGCAAUAUGAUUGUUUGGCCACGAGUACUCUCUACCCCCACACCCUCUUUAUUCAUUUGAACAUGCCAAGACCACCACAUGAUGAUGACAAUUUUUGUGGACUAACACUCAUGCAAGCUUUUGGACAUGCUGCUGCCUAUGCAAAAUCAUCACUUAAGAUUGCAAGUGGUGAUUUAGAGACUCCACUUACCCUGCAAGUGGUUCACACUACAGGAAGGAAGUUCCACUUUGGUGUGUUGCAGCUAAAUACCUUGGAUCUCACUGGGCCACGAAAGAACAUAUUCUGGAGUAGUCCAACAGAAACCUUAUUUGAUGUGUGUAAUUUUAAGGGUGCAGCAGCAAAUUUAGAGGGUUACAAUCCCAAAAUUUUUAGCUUGUUAAGGCAUUCCAUGCCCAAUAAAGCCAGCCUUGUGCUGUCACCUGCUCUUGUCCCUAGAGCAGCCCGUCAGGAGAGCAUAACUCUCCACUGA